UGUACGUUUCACAGCAAUAUCUCCAGUGAUUUGAAAGCAUUUACAGACAAGUUCAGUUUUGAUGUCCUCAUCCUCCUGGCCAGCUACUUGUCGGAGGAGCAGCAGCCAAGACGACAGAUCGCUGUGUACUCCGAGAACCUGGAGCUGUGCAGUCAGAUUUGCUGUGAGCUGGAAGAGUGCCAGAACCCUUGCCUAGAGCUGGAGCCCUUUGAAUGUGGCUGUGAUGAGAUCCUGGUGUACCAGCUGGAGAACCCUUCGGUAACAUGCGAUCAGGUGGUUCUCCUUGUCAAGGAAGUCAUCAAUAGAAGGUGUCCAGAGAUGGUCUCCAACAGCCGGACGUCCUCAACAGAAGCCGUGGCAGGCAGUGCCCCACUCUCCCAGGGAUCUUCUGGGAUUAUGGAGUUGUAUGGUUCUGACGUAGAGCCACAGCCCAGCUCUGUGAAUUUCAUAGAAAACCCUCCAGAUCUCAAUGAUUCUAACCAGGCCCAGGUGGAUGUCAACGUAGACCUUGUUAGCCCAGAUAGCGGGUUGGCCACCAUUAGGAGCAGCCGUUCAUCCAAGGAGAGCUCAGUUUUCCUCAGUGAUGACAGUCCAGUGGGAGAAGGUACUGGGCCUCACCAUAGCCUCCUCCCAGGCUUUGACUCCUAUAGUCCCAUCCCUGAAGGGGCAGUAGUGGAAGAGCAUGCACGGUCUGGAGAACAUGGUGAACACUUUGACCUCUUCAACUUUGACCCAGCACCCAUGGUUUCUGGGCAAUCCCAACCAUCUUCUCAUUCUGCAGACUUCUCCCCGGCAGAUGACUUCUUUCCCAACAGUGACUCAUCAGAAGGCCAGCUCCCCACGGAGUCUAAAGGACUCGAUGGGAUAGGGAUGGACAUGUCUAAUUAUUCAUCCAGCUCACUUUUGUCGGUGGCUGGCAAAGAUAGCCUUGUGGAAUUUGAUGAGGAGUUUGUCCAGAGACAAGAAAGUCCUGGGGAUAACUCUGAAAGAAAUUUGAGCCUGACAGGUCUUGUGGGAGAUGAAUCUCCUUCACCAGAAAGGCUGAAAAAUAUUGGGAAGAGGGUCCCACCAACACCUAUGAAUAGCUUUGUAGAAAGCUCACCAUCCACAGAAGAACCAGCUCUACUCUAUCCAGAAGAUAUGAGCCAAAAAGCAGUUGACACAGGUCACACAGGGCCACCUCAGACCCGUACACGGUGCAGCAGCUGGUGGGGUGGUUUGGAAAUUGACUCUAAAAAUAUUGCAGAUGCGUGGAGUUCCAGUGAGCAGGAAUCUGUCUUCCAGAGCCCCGAAUCAUGGAAAGAUCAUAAGCCGAGCCCAGUUGAUAGGAGAGCCUCAGAUUCUAUAUUUCAACCCAAGAGUCUUGAAUUUCCAAAGUCAGGUCCCUGGGAGUCAGAAUUUGGUCAGCCUGGGCUGGGUGGUGAUAAUACUCAAGACCAAAAUGAGGAUAGCUUGCAGUUUCAGAACCUGACCACCGAGCAGUCGCAUUUGCCAAACGCUUCUCCUCAGGGAACAAACCACCUGAUAGAAGACUUUGCUGCUUUGUGGCGUUCUGAUCGCUCUCCCACAGCGAUGCCUGAGCCAUGGGGAAAUCCCACGGAUGAUGGCGAACCAACUACUGCCUCAGCAUUCCCAACCUGGAGUGCAUUUGGUAAAGAAGAUGAGGCCAAAGCUUUGAAAAAUACCUGGAAUCUACACCCAACGAGUGGCGAGACGCCUUCUGUGAGGGACCCGAAUGAGUGGGCCAUGGCAAAAAGUGGGUUUUCUUUUCCUUCAGAAGACCUAGUGGACAAGUCACCCAGUGAGGCAGAUAAUGAAGCAGCUCCAGAAAUCUGGGGCAAGAAGAACCAUGACUCCAAGGAUAAUAUGCUUGUAUCUGGAAAUCCCAGAUCUGAUCUGGAUCAUGCAUGGAAUAGUUCUAAGAUACCAAUGGAAGAUCAAAAUGGUUUAGUGGAUCCAAAAAUUAGGGAAAAUGUGCAUGAAAAUGUAGAUUCCUGGAACCUUUUUGAGAAGAGCGUCAAGAAAGGAAGGUCAGACAUUGUAGCUCCUUGGGAAGAUUCCUUCUUAACAUAUAAAUGUUCUGAUUACAGUACAUCCAACAUUGGGGAAGAUUCAGUGCCUUCCCCCUUAGAUACCAACUACUCCACCUCUGACUCUUACACAUCACCAACAUUUGCUGGAGAUGAAAAAGAAACUGAAAACGAGCCAUUUGCUAAAGAGGGAGGUUUUGAGUCAAAAGAUGCUAACUCUACCACAGGGGAGACUGAAACACCUCCUCAGUCACCGCAGCAGCCACCUAGAAAUCGACCUAGUUCAGGUCCUGGGAACCUGGAAAUGUGGGCUUCACCUCAUGCAAAUAAUAGUUCUGAAAUAAAUGCCACUCACAGCCCAGAUGAAGAUUUACUCAAGACAGAGCCCACAGAUGAUAAGAACAUUUCCAUGGAGGAUGACAUUGGGGAAAGCAGCCUGUCCAGUUACGACGACCCCAGCAUGAUGCAGCUGUACAAUGAAACAAACCGACAGCUCACACUUUUGCACAGCAGCACCAACUCCCGGCAGGCAGCCACUGAUGAUCUCGACCUGUGGAACAGAGUGAUUCUGGAGGACACUCAGUCCACUGCAACCAUCUCGGAUAUGGAUAAUGAUUUGGACUGGGAUGACUGCAGUGCGGGCGUGGCCAUCCCCGGUGAAGGUCAAACACAAGGAUAUAUGGCUGAAAGUAUCGAACCCGAAACCCGAUUUUCAGUGAGACAGCUAGAACCGUGGGGCGUGGAAUAUCAGGAAGCAAAUCAGGUAGAUUGGGAACUCCCUGCCUCUUCUGAGCCCAGCAAGGACACUGCUGCCAACGAAUAUCAAAUACUCAAUGAGAAAAGUGGGCAGCUAAUUGCGAACAGUAUUUGGGAUUCUGUCAUGAGAGAUAACAACAUGUCAAUAAUAUUACCAAGCCCAUCGUAUACUACAGAUUCAGAACAAAGCAAAUCACCUCCUGAAUCUCCCAGCUCAUCAGAAAAAGUUAAGGACAGUCACAUCCCAGAUGUGCUAGAAGCCUCUGGAACCAGUGAGUUAGGAGCUCUUACCCCUGAUCCUGACAAGCAGGACACAUGCAGAGGAACCCUGCCAAGCGAUACAGCAUCCCUGGCAACCAGGCUUGAGAAUCCAGAGCAUUUUGCACACUCAGAUCCACAGAGAGGUCCUAGCUGUGAACAAAGUGAGAGUGAGGAGGAAGCCCACAGAACAGCCAAUAGGGAGCACCUUAGUGAGAAGGAGGUGGUAGACAGAGCCUUGGAGAUUUCUGGAAAAGAGCAAGGUGACCAGGAAUGCUCUUCCCCAGUUGCAUCUGAACAUCAAGAAAUCUGUGAUGAAUCAGGCAAAAUCAGCUCUCUUUCAGUCAUUUCCAGUCCUCAGACUGAGGAACCCCAGGAAGUUUUAGAGCACGAGAAGGGAUCUUACAAUCCUGACCCCUGUGAUGUGCAAACAGAGAUGUCCACAAAUCACCUGCAGGCAAAAGAGACCUGCGAAGAGCAUCUCAUGAGUCACAGAAAUUCAGGUGAAACUACUGAAAUUUCAGGUAGGCUGAAUUUAACAAAAAGUGUUUCUUUACCUGAAAUGGAUCUUGAGAAAACUGAAGAAGGUAUCAUUCUGGAGCCAGAGAGAGUGAACCAAGAGCCACCUCAUGAAUGUCCCCAAAGCCUGGACGUUUGGAAUGGCCCUGUCGACAGUGAUGUGCAGGUCAAUUGCACAAGUUCUGAGAUACCAAAGAGUCUUGAAGUUAAGAGUACUGAACACAGCCCUCCAGGAGCCGGUUCAUCAGGAAAUUAUGACAGAGAGAGUAUUUCUAGUGAGUAUACACAUUCAAGUGCAUCGAGUCCUGACCUAAAUGAUUCUUCAGCUGCAUUGGCGUCCUGGGACCAUGGACCCAAUACUGAACAUCAGAAGGAGAAUCAGGAUGGUUGGAGUAAACAGAAUCACCAAGAAUCUGAAUUAAUUACUACUGUUGGCCAAGUAGAAGUUACCGAAAUGGAGGACCUGGAGGAAAAGAGAAUGGACAGCUUUGAAAAGAGCUUAGAUCACAAGGUUCCUAGAUUUUUAGAGAUUUGGAAUGACUCAGUAGAUGGUGAUUCCUUUUCGUCUUUAUCCAGCCCUGAAACAGGCAAAUAUUCUGAAUAUUCAGAUGCCCAUCAGGGAAGAAAUCUAGUGGUUAGCCGUCAGGAGAAAAAUGAACAUGACCUUGCUGAAACUGUGCAGCGGGAGGACACCAAGUUCAUUUCAACAAGCUCAGGUUCCGAUGAUGAUAGUGCAGGUGACCAAGAGUUGGUAGAGAAAGAGAUCCAUUUGGCCACUUGCCAAGUUGCUCAAAGUGAACCCGGGGUUUGGGACUCAUUGAAUGAAUCUGAUAAGUUCUUGGCCACAGCUGAUGCCAAGUCUGAGGAAUUUUCUGCCUAUGUAGGCAGUUCAGAACCAGCAGAGAAUGACAGUAAGUCAGGCCCAUUCUGUGACAAUCCACAAAGUAGUCCUGAUCACCGGAAUUUCUCGCCACUAAAGGACACUGAGAUACAGAUUACAGCAGUGGAUAAGGAGACGAGAUCUUCUCCAGAAACAGGGAAGACAGGAGAUAUUUUAUGGCAAAUAUCUCCCAAAACUGAAGCAAAGAAUGAAAGUUAUUCGAAAUUGAAAAUUCUUGGCUUUCCAGCUGAGAGCACUGAGUGGUGGAAUGCCCCUCUGCAGGAAGGGCGACCAAUUGAAUGUGCAUUUGAAGGGGAAUUAUCUAACUCAAGUGAUGUGUUAGAGAUGAAUUCUUCAGUAUACCAAAACAUGAGUCCCUGGGGAGUACCCAUUCAGAGUGACACUGAAUCCAUGGAAACACAUUAUACUAAUCCUUUCAGUGAUAAGCAUCAGUCACCCUUCCUGGAUAGUAAUAGGGAGAAUUCCCAUGAGCAACUUUGGAACAUUCAACCAAGGCAGUCUGACCCAGAAGCUGAUCAGCUUAGCCAGCUUGUAAUACUGGACCAAAUUAAAGAAAAGGAUUCGAGAGAGCAAACCUUCAUGUCUUCUGCUGGUGACGAACUCACUUCUGAAACACCUACCCAAGAGCAGUGUCCGAAUACAGUGCCAGACUCAACAUUUACUCACACAGAUGAAAAUGGAUGUGUUAUAUCUAAUGUUUCCAUUAUUGAAUGUCAAGAUACAGAUUGGUGGGAAGAAGAAAAAUCAUACCCCAGUGAAAUGACAAAUUCAAGCAUUGCCUCAGAAGAUUUCCCUGCUGUCAGUUCUUCCACUCAGUUGACAAAGAAGUCAGGUUCUGAAUGGGAUGGCUCUACCCCUAGUGAGGGCCCCCACGGCGCGUUUGUUCCAGAUAUUUUACAUGGUAACUUCCAAGAGGGUGGGCAACUGGUCUCAGCUUCGCCUGACUUGUGGAUGGAUGCUAAGCAGCCCUUCAGUUUGAAAGCAGAUGGCGAGAAUCCUGAUAUACUGACUCACUGUGACCACGACAGCAAUUCUCAAGCUUCCAACAGCCCUGAUAUAUGUCAUGACUAUGAAGCAAAGCAAGUGACUGAGCAGCACAUUAGUGCUAGGAUGGGACCUGAAGGGGAAGCCAGUGAGUUUUAUCUCACAGAGCCAAAGAUGGAUGAAGAAUCCAGUCAGGAGCCCAGGCAGGAAUCUGUCCCAUACAAUUCAGAACUAUAUUCUGAAAGUGCAAUUCCACUGCCUCCAGUCAGUGGUCAAGCAAACACAAAUGGCUCAUCUCAGCCUAACUCUCACAAAGGUUCUCCUGAACCUUCUGAAAUAAAUGGUGAGAACAAUACAAGUUUGGAAGCAUCAGAAAAAGGAACCAACCCAGAAAUAGCACCAAUUUUGGAAACUGUUGACAGAACAAUCCCAGUGAUUGAAAACGUGGGAACCAGUGUUUUUGUAACUCACCAAGACCCAACUAUGGAUGGCAACAGCUCUUGGAUAUCAGAGGACUUUUCUCCCGGAAGUCAGACAGAUGCAGGAGCCUUGUUGGACCAUGAGCAACCUGUUGCUACUGAGAAUGCUGCCACAGUUCCUGAUGCUUUGCUAGCCACGGACACUUGUCUGGAUGUAAGUGAAACUGCCUUUGACCACAGCUUCAGCGAUGCCUCGGGUCUCAACACAUCCACCGGAACAAUAGAUGACAUGAGUAAAUUGACAUUAUCAGAAGGCAAUCCCGAAACACCAGUUGAUGGGGAUGCAGGGAAGCAAGAUCUCUGUUCCUCUGAAGCCUCGUGGGGUGAUUUUGAAUAUGAUGUCAUGGGCCAAGAUAUCGAUGAAGAUUUAAUGAAAGAGCCUGAACACUUUGUCUAUGGUGGUGACCCUCCCUUAGAAGAAGAUGCUCUGAAGCAAUCGCUGGCACCUUACACACCUCCCUUUGACUUGUCCUAUCUCACAGAGCCUGCCCUUGAUGUUGAAACGACCGAGGAAGCUGGGGCUCCAGAGGAUGAGUCUCUGGGGAGUGAAGCAGCAGAGAUAUUGCUUUCUGCCCUUCCCAAUCGAAGAAGCAAGGAAAACCACGCUGAGACCAAAAACACACCGCCUGGACACCAGCUGGUUGUGCUGCAUAUUCAUGAAGAACCUGAGUCAGUUUCUUUGCCUGAAGAAGUCAACUCCAACGUUGAGUUGUCUCCAUCAAAUAUUGACUGGGAAGUAGAAACAGAUAAUUCGGACUCACCAGCAGGUGGAGACAUAGGAACACCAAUUGGUGCCAGCAAGGGAAUAUUAGAGUUAGAAGAAAAAAUAAUUCCUACCAAAGAGCCUGAACAUAUAAAACCAGAAGACGGGGAAGAAAGGUGCACAGAGAAGAAUGAAGAUCACCAUGCACUACACAUGGAUUACAUACUUGUAAACCAUGAAGAAAAUUCACCCCCAAAGCCAGAGGCCUUUGAAGCAAGAGAAGACACAUCUGAAUUAGAAGAGUUUCACACAGGUUCUGGAGAAAUGGGGCUGCCAGGAACUCAGUUAGCAAGCUUCCCAGACACAUGUCAGCCUGCCUCCUUAAAUGAAAGAAAAGAUCAUUCUGCGGAGAGAAUGUCUCCCAAAGAUGAUAAGAGAUCAUCUCUUGAAAGCCCUGGGCAAGACCAGAGUUGGAUGGUCUUGGGCCACAGUGAAGGUAGAGAUCCGUCAUCGGUAGCUAAGGACUCAGGGCCUGGAUGGUCUGGCAAGGCGGUGGAGCCAGCCUCUGAUCACGACUUGGGCAAAAUUCCCCAAAUGCAGGUUCUGGGAGAAAUGAAGCCUCUAGAAUCUUUAGCACUAGAGGAAGUCUCUGGCCUGGGCAGCCAAUCACGGAAGAGCAAGAGCCAAGGCAAGGCUGGCCCAGAUGCAGUUGUGUUGCAGGCUGUCACCCAUGACAAUGCAUGGGAAAUGCUUUCACCACAGCCUUCUCAGAAAAACAUGAUCCCUGAAACGGAAAUGGAGGAGGAGACAGAGUUUCUUGAGCCCAGAACAAGGAAACCAAGACCCAACGGACUCCUGUCAGAGGAUGUAGGAAUGGACAUCCCCUUUGAGGAGGGAAUACUGAGUCCCAAUGCUGCAGACAUGAGGCCUGAACCUCCUAAUUCUCUGGAUCUUAAUGGCAGUCAUCCUCAGAGAAUCAAGCUCACAGCCCCAAAUAUCAAUCUUUCUCUGGACCAAAGUGAAGGGUCUAUUCUGUCUGAUGAUAACCUGGACAGUCCAGAUGAAAUCGAUAUCAAUGUGGAUGAACUCGAUACCCCUGAUGAAGCAGAUUCUUUUGAGUAUACUGGGCAUGAGGAUCCCACAACCAACAAAGAUUCUGGCCAAGAGUCAGAGUCUAUUCCAGAAUAUACAGCAGAAGAGGAACGGGAGGACAACCGGUUGUGGAGGACAGUGGUGAUUGGAGAACAAGAGCAGCGGAUCGACAUGAAGGUCAUCGAGCCCUACAGGAGAGUCAUUUCUCACGGAGGAUACUAUGGGGACGGCCUAAAUGCCAUCAUUGUGUUUGCCGCCUGUUUUCUGCCAGACAGCAGUCGGGCGGAUUACCACUAUGUCAUGGAAAAUCUUUUCCUAUAUGUGAUAAGUACUUUAGAGUUGAUGGUAGCUGAAGACUAUAUGAUUGUGUACCUGAAUGGCGCGACCCCGAGACGGAAGAUGCCAGGGCUAGGCUGGAUGAAGAAAUGCUACCAGAUGAUUGACAGACGGUUGCGGAAGAAUUUGAAAUCAUUCAUCAUUGUUCAUCCAUCUUGGUUCAUCAGAACAAUCCUUGCAGUGACACGACCUUUUAUAAGUUCAAAAUUCAGCAGUAAAAUUAAAUAUGUCAGUAGCUUAUCAGAACUCAGUGGGCUGAUCCCAAUGGAUUGCAUCCAUAUUCCAGAGAGCAUCAUCAAGUACGAUGAAGAGAGGUCUUAUAAGAGGAGUGUGAGACUGGAUGAAGAACUGAGGGAAGCAUCAGAAGCAGCUAAAACUAGCUGCCUUUACAAUGAUCCAGAAAUGUCUUCUAUGGAGAAGGAUAUGGACCUGAAGCUGAAAGAAAAGCCCUAGGUGGCGAUGGCUGGAAGAAGAGGAUGCUUUUCUGCUUCGUGAUUCUGUUGAAACAUAUCUACCUGGAAGAGACAGGGCUGAUGGUCCUUUUUUCCACUUUGCACUACCUGGUGCCAUUCUAAAUUUCUAAGGGGAAAAACAGUAAGGGAAUUUGUUUACUCUUAACACGUUUUAUGAAAUUGUGUGUAUUUUCCUAUUUUGCCAAUCAUGUGCCUCAAAGAUUUUAGUUGAACCUUAGCAAGAAAGUAGGACCUUCCAUUUCAAUAUUUUGUUAACCCUUGGUGCAGUGGUAUUUCGUCUUAGACUGGUAUUGACCAAUAAGAUAACUUCAAUCCACCAUUCAUUGUGAGUGGAUUUGUUUCCAUAGAUUAGCUGGAUUUCUCCUUGGUGAUCAUUUUAGGUUUAAAAUACACAGGCUCAACUCUCCCUGGAAAGUUGUCCACCUUUAAAAUUCUAAGCUUAACACCACCAUAAACACAAGUGUGAAACCACCGUCAGCUAAGUGCCCACUUGGUUCUUGUCCACAUGAAUCAUCUCUAGCUUCUCAAAGAGAAGUCAGGCUUUGUAAUUCACAUCAAUUCUAUUUAGUUAUCAAAUUGGGCACCAUGUUUUCUGCGAAUUGCUCUUUUAAAAAAUCAUCAUUUUUCCAAUGAGGUCAAAGACCUCCACAUUGAGAAACUUAAGGAUUACUGUUUGCAUUUUGAUAGACAUUUUGAUAGCAUGCUUCAGGCCAUGAACUUAGUUCAAGAUGUUAUGCUUUAAAGGCUCAAGACUCAAAUGUAAGGUAGCCCGCUCAGAAAUUCAUUAUUUGGUAACAUUCAGUUGUCUGAAUUUCUCUCUCACAUGUAUUAUAAAAAGUAAUCUGCUUUAAAACACUCUAACUGAUCACAGGUUUAAAAUUAAAUAUGAGUAUGUACUAUCACCUACAGAAUACUCCUUCGUAGUCUUCAUAUCCCUUUAAAAUACCAACGUGAUUUUGAAUCUGUGGGCCUCUAGCAAUGGGAUUGCAAACUAUAGCCAAAUCUAGCUAUUUUCAUGUGGCCCGUAAGUUAAGAAUAGUUUUCACACUUUGGACUGAAAAAUAAUUUUUCUUAAUAUUUCAUGACACAUGAAAAUUAAUCAGAUUUCAGUUUCCAAGAAUAAAGUUCUAUUGUGUUUUAUUGAGACAGAUUUGUUUACAAACUCUCCCUGGCUGCUCUUGCACUACAACUGCAAAGUUGUGACAAACCACACGGCCCAGAAAGCCUAAAACAUUGACUGUCUUUACCGAAAAAGUUUGCUGAGUCCUACUCUAGCACAUCCAUCCUCCCUCGCCCUAUUGUAUGUAGAUAUUAAUUUCUUUAACAGAAUGAACAAGUAAGGCUGUAAACUAAUUUAUUCUUAAAAAAGAAAACUUUGACAUUCACAAUCAGUCAGCUACAUGGCUUGCUGAAAAAGACAAGGAGUCCUAGCCACAAAAGCAUGGCUCAGAUUGUGUUUGCAAGACCCGAAGUGAGGCCUUCUUAGAAGCUCCUCUUUGGCUCUUUACAGGUGUUACUGAGGUCCUGAGCUUACUCUGGAAACCAUUCCUAUUUUCCAGCAGCACCUAUUACUGAUAAGCUAGCAAAAAUAAAAAUGUAGUGGAGAACAGGGUUCCACUACAGUCUCAGGGUGGUAAUUACAUCCAGGAGAGCUAUCUGCAACACUUUGAACCCUGGGUAUCAUUAGCCUUGAAAUGCUUUGAAGUAGACAUCUUUGCACAGGUGACUGAAUUUCACUGACCUCAUUUGCUCCAUGUCCGUCUCCCACCUGCCUUCCAGACAUGCUCACGUACACACAGGUCAACUCUUUCCUCCGUAAGCCAUAGCUACCUAUGUUCCCCUCUUGGUACCUUUCAACUUGGUAUCCUCUUUAAACUGUUCUUUUGUGUCUCCUCCCUCAUGACAUCUGGCUUGUCUAAUAGAAAACCCUAGAGCACACCCUUUCUCACAGCCCAGCUCCACCUUUGGAAGCCAAAAUAUGCCUCUCCCAGAACUUAGUGUUGACAGAAGUACAGUGACCCAAUAUUUUGGUUUGUUCAUGUGUUUACCACUGUUGCCCUGGCAUAGUUAUUAACAAUGCUCCCUUUCACUCAAUUGUGUCCCGUUUUGGAAGAUAAAUUAUAUGGUCCCCUAGGCCACAGGAAGUAAUGAAGAAUCCAGUGUUCAGCUUAGUGGUGCCAGCCUGAGGACAUAGAGCUGUUGAUAGAGGGCUCUUGUUCUAGUCAGUCAGACCCAACAACAGUCUCACCAUUUGCAUUCUUUUGAACUUGUCCAGUCUGUUCAUGGAAGACUACUCAGGUGGUAUUCUGUUUGAAACUUCAGCUUCCGACAUGGAAAUUACAAGCACCUUUUCCAAUCAAUGAUUUUGUUUGGGCUGUUCUAUGGGCUGAUAGUUAGACAUCUGCUAUUUUAUUAUCCUAAAAAGAUAAAUUAAUUUAAUUGCACGUGCUAGAGAAAAGCCACUGUGUAAACUCAAUCCAAGUAAAUAGAAUCAUAGAAGAAUCCUGCAAAAAUAGUCCCUAAGCAGCUAGGUAGACAGAUGUAAACAUUCACAUUAUUAGCUAUCUAGCUCUUGCAUUCUGAGCAUUCUUGCUCUGGUUCUGACUUCUGAGAACUGUUUUGCACUUUUCCUGUAGAUUUGUAGUUAAGGGAACCAAGGGGUCAUUGGGGCAAAAGAAUUGUUUUCCCAAAGUGGCAACUGCUCUUUUCUUAGCUCCUUGAUUAAGAGAAAGAACAGAAAUCUGCACAGAAGAUACUGUCAAGGAAUGAGAUAAUUUUUUUAAGAGCAAUAGCUGGGUAUGGAAGAAAACUCUCAAGUUGCUGUUGAAGCCAUACACUGUUUUAUGGGGUUGUCUUCUAAGACGUACUCCAAGGCGCGUAAAGAAGUCACUACUCCAAGCCUUUGUGUUAUUAAGAUCUCAUUUUAAGUAUUGAGUUGUGGUACUAUGUUUGCAACUUUUGUCUAUCACAAUGCCUCAGUAGUUUGCUCCCUUAGAAACAUUAGAUGUGCACAAAUUAAUUUUUUAUAUAUUUAAAGUUUUUUCUACCAUGUAUUGGAUUGCUCAGAAUAAAGUAUCUAUUAGACUUUGUUUUGGUAAAUAAAUAAAUUCUCCCUAAAUAGUGUGGAUUCAUAAUUAAAAAAUAUGUAACAACACUAUAUAUAUAUAUACAUAUAGCCUCUGUGUAUAAUUCAGAAAUAAAAAUUGAUUCCACAA